UCCGGAAUCCUCCGCCUAAUGCGCUAGAUACGAACCAACGCGUGACGAACACGGACGCUCAGCAUGAAUGGAUACCAGACGGAGCGAAGCUCCUACAACGAUGAGAUGUCUAGCAUAACAACGCCAAUUUCUAGCAACGGCGGCGAUCAUGGCAUGGCAGGAGCAUAUGGAAAGGAUGGGCUUAACGGAUAUGAACAAGCCGCCCACCAGCUCGAACCAAUGGAUCCCAACGAUGCGCCGAACGGAUCGCUUGCCGACCUCAAAGAUCCGAUCCAAGUACAUUUGCUCACAGAAACGGCGCUCUCCGACAGCAAAGAAUAUGAGAUCCUGUCUCAAGAAGAGGUCGAUAGGCUGAAGAAACAGUGUCAGUUGCUGAGCCAGCGGGUCGAGUCUACCAGGGCCAACCUCGCCAUCCAGUCGAAGUACCGAGAUGCGGCCGUGUCGAUGGCCAAGCUGUAUGCCGCUGGCAAAUCCGAGGAAGAGCUUCUCGACGAUCCUAGAGCUAAGGAGGUCGAGUUGGAGCGGGAGACGACCGAGAAGAAGUGCGAGGAACUGUCGCGCGAGCUUUUCAACCUCGAGAAGAACCUCAUCGGCCCUCAGAGGCGCCUACUCCAGCAUACAGCCGGUAUCCUCCAGCUGACUCACAAGGCAUCCAAGCGUGCGGCAGCACGAGCCUUGCAAAACAACAAUGAGAUUCCUGGCAGUCCCGAAAGCUUGUAUACCUACUCUCAAAACCGGGACAGCCUAGCGCAAGUUGUGGAUGAGGACUAUUUUGAAGACCCGAGUCUUUACCAGCUGGAUUCUUUCCCGGUUCCGCAGACAGGGCAUCUGAAAUCGGCAAUCGACAUUCCCUUAAAGUCACCUGUGCGAGAGCAAGCCAAUCACCUUCGGGGAGAGAUUGACAAGGCCCGAGAAGAAAACAGCCUGCUGGUGAACCUUGUCACCGAUAUGGAGCAGAAGCUGGAGAGUCUAAGUCUUUCUCUUCGAGAGACCAUUGUCAAGUUCAACCCCGAAGUGAACAGCGACUAUCUGGAGCCUCCGCGAGAUUCGGGCAACGGUGAUUUGAAGCCCGGUGAUAUGCUCAGAAAACAAAUCGACUACCUGGAGAGCGGGCUUGUCGCCGUGCAAGCGGAGCAGGAAUCAUUCAUCAGUAGCGGCGGCAACGGUGGUGGCAACGGCGGCAGCAAUUACAUGCUGGACGACGGCCCUGAGCAGAUCGAAUCCGUCUUGGUUGGCCUUUGGAAUAAGAUGCAAUCCGGAUUCGCCGAGAAGAAGCAGCGGAACGAGGAGCGCCGGAAGCACCGGCAAGAAAAGGGAUUGGUCGAUGACGACGACACAUCUGAUGAUGAUGCAUUCGACGCAGACGAGACCUACAGCCUGAUCGCCUUUUCCUCCAAGGUCCAAUGGCUCUAUUCUCAGGCCUCGACGUUGAAGGACCAGAAGUCUGUGCUCAAGAGACAGAUCAAGCAGCAGCGCGAGCUCAACAACAAGACCGACGCCGAAAAGGAUGAAGAGAUUGAACGGAGACAGGAGGAACUGGACCAGACCCGCUUCUUGCUUGAACGAGCUGAGAAGGACGCUUUUGACGCUCAGACCAUGUUGGCAGAUGCUCUGCAGGAUCUCGAAAAGGCGCAGGGCUCGUCCUCUGGCGUCGACGAGGCGGAGCUUCGCAAGUACACUUCCAAGAUAGAGUCCCUGGAAGCCGAGGUUGCCACGCGGAACGCCAAGAUCGAGACGCUUGAAGCUCAGAUCGAGGAACAGGACGCGAAACUGGAGGCAUUGGAAGCCGAAGUUGAGGCUAGCAACGCAAAGGCGGGCUCCCACGAGGCCGAGGCCCAGGCCCAUAAGGCCCGAGCUGAGUCUCUGGAGGCAGAGGUCCAAGCCCAUAGCGAGCGUAUUGAAUCUCUCGAGGCAGAGAUACAUACGCGCACCGCCCGAGCAGAGUCUCUCGAGGCCGAGGUCCUCGCAACUGGUGUUCGAAUCGAAUCCCUCGAGGCAGAAAUCCAAGCACGCACUGCCCACAUCGAGUCUCUUGAGGACAAGAUCCAGGGUCACAGCUCCAAUAUCGGAUCUCUUGAGGCGGAGAUUCAGUCACGGGAUGCCCAGAUCGCAUCCCUCGGGGCUGAUCUUCAAGCACACACAGAAAGGGGUGGAUCAUAUGAGGCACGGAUUGCUACUCUAGAAGCUGAGAAAGAGAAGAUGCUCGAGCUAAGCUCACAGCUUGAUGGCGCCUCCAAGGAGAAGGCAGCGGCCGAAGAAAUGGCCAAAGCUCUGCAGGAAGAGGUGGAAAACAUCAAGGCAAGCCACGCAAACAAGGAGAAGGAGAUUGCUCAGAGGGAUGCAGACCUGGAGCAACUCAACAUGACCCUGGUGGAACUGAAGACGGAGCUCACAUUCGCCAGAGCGGAGUUGGACGGCGCGUAUGGGUCUCGCGCCGAGCGGGCGGCAGAUGCAGCAGCUCUCGCGAAUCAAGAAGAAAUCGUCAAGCUUACGAACCAUGUCGAAAGGCUCAAGAAGGAGUUGGCCGGGACGGUACAAGAUCUUGAGGCGAUUACCAAGGAGACUAUCGGAGCCGAGCGCGAGAAAAUUGAGCUUGAACAGAGGGUGGACGAGGCACUCUCAGCCAAGGCCAGUCUGGAGGCUGAUCUGGAGAAGUCUCGACACCUGAUUGCGAAGCUGCAAGAGGACCUCGACAGCGAACGCUUCAAGGUCGGCGUCACGCAAAAUGGCGUCACAAAGGUUGGCGCUGGUGCGGCGUUGCUCAGCGAGCAGUUUAGAAUGUCGAUGCGAGAGGAGCGAAAGAGGUUCCACGAGGACAUCAAGGAGGAACGCGCGAGGUACCGCAAGCUCGAGGAGGAGUAUGUUCGUCUGAAGAAGAGUCAAGCGGCGAGCAAAAAUCCUCCCACUUCAUGA